AAAUGAUUCACAAAUGAAAUCAAUGGAUGACCGAACAGUAGGUCUUAUAUCUGCAAGUUCAUCAAGAGCUUCACUCAAAAUUCAACCGGAGAUUGGUUAUCCAAGAAUAUGUGAUUAUUGUCAGCCAAUUAUCGAGCUUAUGACGGCUUCCGAGUUUGCACGACAUAUUCGACAAGAUCAUACGACAAAAGAAGGUGGUAGCUUUCUUUGUAGAUACGGAGAACAUGGAGUAUGUCAGAAACUACCACUGGAAGGAGUAUGUGAUCUUGAUUUUGAAGCCCACAUUCGUCGUUGUCACACUUCUUCUCAACCAGCUGGAUAUUCAAGUCCAACAUCUUCAUUGGUAGCAAGUUAUACUGAAGAUAGUGAAGAAACAGCUAGUUUGAGAAGUAUACGAUUGACAAGUGAUCGAGAUACUCCAACAAUUGAAAAGAAAAAAUUCACUCUUCACAGUUUCACUCAAAAUCUGUCAGCAGUUCUUGCCGAUCCAUCACGAUCUCGAAGUGACCUAACAACGUUCUUCACACGCCAUUGGGGUGACAGUUUUGUUCCAACACAACCGGUACCACAAUCUAAAAGACUCGCUCGGCUCGCUGAUUCGGCUUUCGAUAGUUAUUGUCAAUCUGCUGGAGAGUCCUAUCGUCGAUAUCAGGCAAUCAAAAGAGCUCUACGUUUGAGUCACGCCGAUGGAGGAGUUGGAAUUGGAGAUGAAAGACAAGAUGCGGAAGAUCUGCCUACGAUAUUCAUCGACCCCCGAUUUACACUUGGCGACAGUUCUACUUUUUCGGAUGUGUUCACAGUUCCUGCCAAUGAUGAUUUGGAUGCAUUGAAACAAACUUUAUCAGGUAGAAAUGUGAUUCCAGCUACACCUUUAGAAAUUGCUACCAACAGGAAACCUGGAGAAUUUCGAGACUACGAAGCUCUUCAAAACAGAUUGGAAAUGAUGCAUGACGUUGUGGAUGGAAGAUUGGCUGGAAAAUUAGUUGCAAAAACUGAUGAUUUUUGGCAAGUCGUCCGAUCGUACAGUGGCCUCCAGGAACAACUUGCCAACGCGUUGCAAUGUGUGAUGGUUGUUCGAAAAAACUUGAAAAGAGUCGACGAACUAGUAUGCGACCAGUCAAAAAAGAUUGUAGAAGUUCAUGAAAGAUACGAACAAAAAAAGAAACUGCUGGCAAAACUUCAUGAUAUUUCAUGUCUCCGAGAAGCCCAAUCAACAGUUCAAAUGAUGUUAUCACAAGGAGAUUACCCAAAGGCUAUAGAAUGCAUUGAAACGAGUCUAGAUGUUCUCUCAAAGGAAUUGAACGGCGUCACUUGUUUCCGACAUCUUGCAUCACAGCUUCGAGAGCUUUAUACAGUAAUUGGACGUAUGAUGAAUGAAGAUUUUGCAUCAUUAAUACAAAAAGAGCUCGGUGUGAAGCCAGAAGCUGGAACGAUGAUUCAAGCCGAAGGAGAACUUUCUGCUGUCCUACUUGGAUUGAUGAGAAUGCGAAAGUACUCAUUUAUUGCAGUUUUAAGAGAGGAAAUUAUUGAAGGAGUCAAAAGUGUAAUGCGACAAGUUAUUAAAAAUCAAAUUCUAAAUAAUGGAGUUGAUUUGAACGAUUUUGAUCCUAGUUUGACACAGUUGGGAGAGCCAGUACGAAGAAUGAAACAUGCUGAUUUUUUGAAAACUGUGAAAGCUGUUAUGGAUGAAGAGUUCUACUUUUGUAAACGAUUGGAAGCUCUACAAGAUAUUCUACUGGAAACUGUUGAACGAGCAAAUCCUCUACAUCGACAUGGCUCUGAAGAUAUUAUAGUUGAGAGAAUCGAAGAAGCAAAAGAUAUUCACGAAUCUGAGUCUGACGAUGAAGUUGGUACAACUUUUUCCAAAUCAGCUAGUUCAGGAGGAUUCUCCGUCGGUGGUUCGGCUUUAUCCUCUAACGCGUCAGCUACCACUCUUCUUUCGAUUGAAGUCAGAUCAGAAGCCUUUUUACGACACGUGCUCCCAUUGAUCGCAGAAUUCGGUCAUCAAUGUGCGCAACAACGGAUUUCACGAUUGCUCAUUGCUCGGGCCAAAAAUGCAUCAGUGACAGAAGCUACUACACCUACCCAACUAUCUGAAUGCAUUAAACUCGUUAAAGAAUUUCAAUCCAAGUGUGACAAGGAAGGAUGGUAUUCCACUCAGAAUCAAAAAGUUGGAGGUCUUGGAAGAUCUGUUAACAAGCUUUCUAUGGAUUACAUUGAAAAAUUCCAUGCAGCUCGAAAGAUUCGUAUUGGAAAUAUGCUUGACACAGAACUUUGGAAAGCGACUGAUGUUUCGAUUGUGGAUCAGAACAUUGUCGACAUGGCGAUGGAAACGGGCCAAUUAAGAAACACAAAGCGAAUAGAUGAUGGUCCAAUAAAAAAAUCAUUCAAAAGAACAGAAAGCGCUGUGACAAUUGAUUCAACAACAUCUACUUCAAAUCAAAUUCAAGGUGUAAUUGUUGAUGAAGAGAACUAUGUUGUUGUUGGAUCAUCAAUAACAAUGAUCCAGCUCCUUUCUGACUACUGUGAAGCCAUAUCUGAAAUGCCAUCAUUUUCCCAAGACUGGAAUUCGCGAGUUGUGGAAUUACUGAAAACAUUUAACAGUCGGUGUUGUCAAUUGAUUUUAGGUGCAGGUGCCCUACAAUUGGUUGGAUUAAAGACUAUAUCUGUUCGAAAUUUAGCACUCGCAGGUCGAUCACUCGAGUUAGUAUGCCGCUUCAUUCCGAUGGUUCAUGAUGAGAUGGACAGAGUUCUUCCUGAAAAUCGAAAAAGUCUGCUUCGGUACUUCAAGCAGGUUGAAAGUGAAUACCGCGAUCACGUCAACGAAAUUGCUGCCAAAUUAAUAAGUGUAAUAGCUCAUUAUACAACAAAUUGUCUUGGAAUGUGGGAUGUGAAAGGAGUGAUUCCAUCGCCAGAAUUUCAACAAAUUUGUCGCCAUAUGCUGAAAUUCCACAAUGGACUGGUUGGCAUCAUGCCAAGAGAUCAGAUCGAGGCGUUGUUCCGUCAAGUACACGAAAACUUUAAAGCCAACUUACGAGAACACGUCACUGGAAUGGGUAUCACACCUCAUGACCCUUUAAAAUACGGAUAUGUCACAAAAGAUUACAUGUUUUAUCAACAAAAUGUGAAAAACAUGGAAAGUUGCCGUAAUUUGGAGCUCGAGUCGCUUAAUGACAUUAUGUUUGAAUAGGACUUUUCUUUGUAAAAUAUUUAUUUAAUUUUCAAUCUGGUUUAUUUCUUGUGUAUGAUUGUGAUUGUUUGACUAAUUACGGUGGCUUUUAUUUCACGCUUCUUCUGUAAACUUCCCCAAUUCACUGGUCCUUCAUUCCUAAUUUUUUAGUUUGUGCUUCUGGGCUAGCUUUAUCACUUUCAUUUCCCAGUUAAUUGUUUUUGUUUUUAUUUAUCUGGUAUUUAGUAAUUUAUUGCAUGUACAAUAAAAGCAU